GACGACAUCUCUUCUACCCUCAAUGGCGACGAAUCAGACCAAACAUGUCCAAUUGACCCUGGAGAACCUCCCGACGGCGGUCUACGAGCUUGGCUUCAAGUCGUAACCGGUCAUCUUGUUGCCUUCAACUCUUGGGGCUACCUCAUCAGCUUUGGCAUCUUUCAGCCCUAUUACGAGGACAAGUUCAAGCUCCCGCCGUCGACCAUCUCGUGGAUUGGGAGUUUAGAGGUUUGCCUCAUUUUCCUUGUUGGUACCUUUUCUGGGCGCGCUUUUGAUGCGGGAUACUACCGUGCUGCCCUCCUCAUCGGGCUAUUCCUCCAGACACUUGGUGUCUUCAUGACCAGCAUCGCGUCUGAGUACUGGCAGGUCUUGCUAGCCCAAGGCAUAGCGCAAGGACUUGGUAACGGCAUCGUCUUUGCUCCAACAAUAGCCAACAUUUCUACAUAUUUUACAAAGAAAAAGACCAUCGCCAUUUCCGCUGCGGCCUGCGGUGCAGGAACCGGAGGCAUGGUGUUCCCCCUGAUCGCCCAGCAACUCAUGCCCAAGAUCGGAUUCCGCUGGACGGUCCGAGUGAUGGGUCUAGUCGUCCUCGUGGCGUCAAUCCUCAUUAUGCUCCUAGCGAGGACGAGAUUACCUCCGAGAAAGGCUGGACCGCUUGUGGAACUCGCAGCGUUCAAGGAGUUGAGCUACGUGUUGUUUGCCGUGGCCAUGUUCUUUACUCUUUGGCCGACGUGGAUCUCGUACAACUAUGCUCGUCAAUACGCGACUGACAAACUGGACGGAACUGCUUCGGACUCUUUCACCAUCCUUAUCGUCAUUAAUGCUGUGGGUAUACCGGGACGGAUGGUGGCAGCUUGGCUUGCAGACCGAUAUUUCGGCGCCGUCAAUGUCUUCAUCCCGACAAUUCUCUCGGCCGGCAUCUGCAUCUACAUGUGGUCCCAAGUCCACACCCUCCCCGGCGGUUUCGUCUGGGUGUCCGUGUUU